AAGAUGAAUGAAGGCGGCGAGAAUGAUUUUUUGAUAUGGGAAAAUGAUGAAGUGUGGUCAUUUUUGAACUCCGACAAUGGCCAACUAGAUGGGAGCAGUGUAGAAUUUGUGGGUGACAAGUUGCCAGAUCCGAAUAGGUCUAAUACUUGUCAGGCACUGACAACUGUUAAAGAGGUAGGUGAAGCGAGUCUUGAUGGCAAAAAAAAAUGUCGAUCCAAUGAAAAGAAGGGUACUAAUGAAAGUUGUGAACCAAAGUCAGGGGCGGAUGGAGAUGGAGGUAGAGAAUCAAGUCAUGAGCUGCACAUAAGGACGGAAAGAGAAAGAAGAAAGAGGAUGCGAAACAUGUUUGAGGAGCUUCAAACUUUGCUUCCUCAUCUUCAACCUAAGGCGGACAAGUCCUCAAUUGUUGAUGAAACUGUAAGGUACAUCAAAAUGUUGGAGAACACUGUUGACAAUCUUAAAGAACAAAAGCUAGAAAGGAUUCAACUUGGCAUAGCUAGGCUGUCCAUAAUGAACAAUCCCGUAAUGACUCCACAGAAGUUACGUGUUGGAACUAGCUGGGAACAAUUUUUGGCUGAUAAAGGAUCUGCUAGUAACUCAGCUGCUAUAACACCAAAGAACAACAACAAUGUGACUGGCAUUCCCCUUUUGAACACUAAUGUUCCAACUGAUUUUGAGACAUGGAGUUCAGAUAAUGUUGUGCUAAAUGUUUGUGGAGAAGAGGCACAUAUUAGUGUGUGUUGUCCUAAGAAGCCUGGACUUUUUACCUUCAUUUGUCAUGUUCUCGAGAAAAAUAAGAUUGACAUUGUGCAUGCUGACGUUUCAUCUGAUCAAUUCAGAAAUCUGUUCAUGAUCCAAACCCAUGCAAGAGGUGCAAGUGGCUUAGAGCAGUUAAUCUCUGGAGCUUUAUCAGUGGAAGACAUGUACAAGCAAGCUGCACAUGAAAUAAUGUCAGGGAUAAACCCCAAAUGA